AUGAAAACAAAGAAUCGCAAGGAAUACAUAACUCACAAGAAAACGCAUCCCAAACCUUUUAUUUAUGAAUGUAAAGUGUUCGGUUGCGGACAAACAUUCGAUAAUGCAGCAUCAUUGUGCACACACAUGCAAACACACCGACCUAAACUUCAGUGCAGAGACUGUGGCAAAUUCUUUGGUUAUAAUAAUUUGAACACUCACAGGAAGAGUUGCGCGAAAGUUCCACAUAAGGAAAAUUACGAGUGUCCUUAUGUUGGGUGUACUGUGAAAAUGAAGAAUUACAGUGAAUAUAUGGCUCACAGGAAAACGCAUCCUGAACCUUUCAUUUAUGAAUGUAAAGUAUCUGGCUGUAAGAGAACAUUCAACCACAAAUCAUCAUUCUCUUUCCAUCAGAGAACCCACAAGCCUAAACUUCAAUGCGAAAAUUGUGGCAAAUUUUUCGGCUCUGAGAUUUAUUUCAACACUCACAAGAAACGCUGCAUUGCAGAUUCUGUUAGUUCUGUAAAUUUAGCAAAAUCCUACUAA